AUAACACAUAUAUUCUCCCAACUCAUUAACCUUCAAUCUAGUUGAAUCUCCGAAAAAAGUACUUUUUUUGUUUCAUGUAUCAAAAGUCAAUCUUUUGAUUUUGGUUCAUGUAUCAAAAGUCAAUCUUUUGAGUCACAUAUAUUUCUGGCCCUUUUUCUUGUUGAUUUGAAUUGAGUUAAUUAUGGUAAGUGCCUUUGAUAAUGUCAAAGUCAAAGAGGGUGGUGGUGGUGGUAGAACCAUAAGAAUAGGUGCAACUGGAAAAGUAAGUGCCUUGAUGAUGCAAGAACUUGAUAUCCAUAUGAUAAAUUCAUCAAAGAAACCUGCUAUCAAAUCACAAAGAAUCCAAACUGCACCAGUUUCAAUGGGUUGUGGAGGGUCAACAAAGAGGCUGCAACGAAUUAUGUCGUUAAAUGGUGCCAGCUCGAGCAAUGUACGUGAUCAGGUUAUUCCAAAAAAGAAGGAAAUCGUGAACCAGGCGUCUCACAAGAUUCCUAUGUUAGAUUCUGAAGAUUUGUGGAUUGAUAAAACACCCAUUCGAGGCAAAGAACACAAGAAAGUGACGCAACGAAUUGUUGAAACCGUGGACUUGAAGUGUGGGAAUCAUGACCGAAAUUGGUCUGUUACUCCUAUUGGCAACCAACUUAGAAGGCUUAGUUUUUCCAAAAUUUCGGAUUGAUUUUGAUACUACUUGCUGAUGUAUAUCAUCAAAUGGAAACCUUUUUUGUGUUUCUGAAAAAUUCAAUAAUCUUACAUGCAUUGGGAGGUUUCUUU